AUAAAAUUAGGGGGCCGGGGUUGGGCAAGCCAAGCUGCCACGAGGCAACGUUGCCACCCACUCGGCCGGCCGACCACCCACCCACCCACUCGAGUGCACACGCACUCACUGCCACCCGCUCUCUGCGUGCGCGCACGCGCGCGCGUUGUUAAGUUCGAGCGCGCAGUCUCCUUCUUCCAGAGCCAGCCCCGCGUGGGCUGCUGAGUCUCAGCUGGGGAGCUGUGGCUCUUGUGUUGCGUGCGUGGUAAAAAAAAAAUUGUUGUACGCGUAAUUCACGUGCUUGUCGCACGUGCAGCCGUGUCGAUUGUGUUAUAUUUCACGAGCCUCUAGAUAGACACAUUACCGGAUCCACGAACGGCUGCACUGACGUACUGGCCGGCGUGCGCGUGUACAACACGCACGUCCAACGCGGCGUCGUAGUACCAACCUGCAGGCUACACUACAAAGUCGCGAGCGCGGAUGGGAGCCAUGAGCGAACCUCAACUCCACCCGGCACGAACGGCGACAUGAAACGCCACCGUAACUUGGGUUAUUUUUUUCUUCUCCAGAAGACAACUUGGCGAUAAACAAACCGGCAGAGGACAAAGACGUCGCAUCCAGACGGACAGGGGAGCGACAACUCGUGACCACAACAACAACUACUGCAGCAGCAGCACAACCGCUAGAGUUGGGGUCGCGCGGUUGAUUGUCGCCGUCGAUGAAGGUGGAGCUGCGAUGAAACCGGUGAAGAGACACUGACGAGAAGAAGACGCGACCGGUCUCAAGUCCUCUGCCGGGACUACGGUGUUGUCUGCUUAGUCAUCAUCUUCUUGCUGCUGCUACGGCGGUGGUUGGAACGAUCAGCCGCGCGUGCGUUCGGCUCCAUGGCGAGGCGCGUGUGGAGGUGGUGGUUGUUGUUGUUGAUGUUCGCGCUGGUGAUGACGAGGGCGCUGUUGGAGGAGGACUUGGCCCAAGAGGAGGACGAGGCACGGCCGUUCAUGGGCAUGGAUGCGCCACCUAUCGGCCACGCCGUGCCGUUCGCCGAGGUGUGGGCGCACAGCUACUGCCGCGCGCUGGAGGUGCUGGUGGAGGUGUCGCGCGAGUACCCGGGCGCCUUCCCCUUCGUCGUCCGGCCCGCCUGCGUCCCGCUCUUCCGCUGCGGCGGCUGCUGCUCCGACGAGGGCCUGCACUGCGCGCCCACGGCCACCUACAACGCAAGCAUGCAGAUCCUGACCAUCAGACCGUUCCACAAGCCGGAGAUGCAAGAGAUGUCUUUCCUUCAGCACGGCGCGUGCGAGUGCAGAACGCGGAGGAACGGACAACGAAGGGGACGAAACAGGGGACAAGGUAAAGGACGCAGGAAGCAGCGAGGCAGGGGUUGCUCAUCCUGCUCGGGGUCACGGUGUCUCCCGGAGACAGGGCGGCGAGCCUGCAGGAGAGAGCGGCCCAGGAGGUGACCAUCUCCCACAAGCCGCCGAGAGCUCUGACCACCGCAUCAAGCGGUCCCGGACACACGAACAAUUUGCGGCGCCCGCUUCAAUCGCAAACCGGCCCUCGCCAUAAAAACGUGGAAUUUACACCGCUGACGGAGGAGGGGGGGGGGGCGGCAGGGGGAAGGGGUGGGAGAAGAGCGAGGCUCCGAUCUUCCAAGAGCACGGGACACUUCUUGACUUUGCCCGGCAUCACCAUGCUCUCUCACCGUGGUUGUCUGAAUGUACGUUGAAUUUAUUUCGCCACCAUACGUGUGGUUGGGGCGAGCGGUGUGUGGAGCCCGGUCAAAUAUUCCACUGGGCGUGGGUUUUUUUCACGGUUGUGCUGUUCGACUUCUCCGAUGCGUGUAUUUUUUGGGGUCUUAAUUUUUGGGAACUUAAUUUGUUCCUGCAGAAGCUCCCAGCACGCGAAGCGUCCAACGUCCUGCCGAACGAACAACUCAUGGCACAAACCCGAAACAAUCCCCCCCCCCCC